AGCUGAAACCGGAAGCGGUGUGACUGUGUUGCGUGUAACUUGCCGCUGGUGCCUGACAGCUGCCACACUGGACCCGGACUGAGCCGAACUGUCGUUCCUGUAAUGCCCCAGGGCGGGCUGAGCUGGUCGGGGUUGCGAUGCCUUACGUGGACCGACAGAAUCGCAUCUGCGGCUUCCUGGACAUCGAGGAGAAUGAGAGCAGCGGCAGGUUCCUGCGCCGAUACUUCAUCCUAGACACUCAGCAGGGCAGCCUGCUGUGGUACAUGGACAACCCACAGAAUCUGCCUAAAGGUGCAGACAAUGUGGGAUCUCUCAAACUCACCUACAUCUCCAAGGUCAGUGAUGCCACCAAGCUCAGACCAAAGGCAGAGUUCUGCUUUGUUAUAAAUGCAGGAAUGAGGAAGUUUUAUCUGCAGGCCAACGACCAGCAGGAUUUGGUGGAGUGGAUCGGUGUUCUCAACAACGCCACCAAGAUUACUGUGCCAAAGCCAGGUGAGGGCCACGCCGCCCACGCAGAGACUCCCCAGGAAGUACUUGGAGCCAUGAAACAGGUCUCCUACAAGACCGAGAUCAUAGGAGGAGUCCCUAUCAUCACCGCUACACAGGAGCAGGGGGAGGGGCAGAACGGGGCGGAGCGCCGAGGCGUGAAGCAGGGUCAGAAUCAACUGCCCUACUUCCUGUCCAGAGGAGCGCAGGACCAGGCCAUCAUCAAGGCCGGAUACUGUGUCAAACAGGGAGCUGUGAUGAAGAAUUGGAAGAGGAGGUACUUCAUGCUGGAUGAAAACGCCCUCAGCUACUACAAAUCGGACCUGGAGAGGGAGGCUCUGAGAGUCAUCCCGUUGAAGGAGAUUCACAAGGUCCAGGAGUGCAAACAGAGCGAGCUGAUGAUGAGGGACAACCUGUUCGAAAUGGUCACCACCUCCAGAACUUUUUACAUACAGGCUGACAGUCCAGAGGACAUGCACAGCUGGAUUAAGGCCAUCUCAGGGGCGAUCGUGGCUCAGCGCGGCCCUGGACGCUCAGCUAACACUGAACGCAGUGACCACUCCACUCCCUCCCCAACAGCCUCCUCCACCUUCUACUACCCCCUUGACCCGGAACUACACCCCCCACAAUCCUCCUCCAGCUCCGCCUCAGCGAGCCCUCAGCCUCACACUGGACACCCACCGCCAAGACAACUUCCUGGGCCUGCUUCCGUGGAGGCUGAGUGGUGUCCAGUCCGUGAUGUUGCCCCUCCCGUCAGCGCGCUCCCGCCUGUCGCUGCAGGAGACAGUGCAGACUUCAAAGUAACAGAGGAGGAGGAGUCGCUGUGGAAACGGCGCAGCGAAAUCGCCCGGCUGGGAUUUGUUGGCAGCGGUGGUGGGGAGGAGCUGAACAGUCGCACCACUGAGAAAUCUGACCUGCAGAUCACCCUGAUUUGACGAUGACGAACGUGAGGAUGAUGAUUGACAAUCUUUAAAGGAUACACACACGCAUACACUCUUCUGUAUGAACUCCAUGUGCUCUGUGUGCUUAGAAAACUACCUGACUGGCCAAAUGAUCCUUCUACAGAACGUCCUGGGACCAUUUAUUAUAUGUGUGUGCACAUGUGGAGUAGGACCUUCUUCCUCUACUGUUUUCUCCUUCACUUUUGUCUUCCCGGAUAUUAUUUACAAAGUAAAGCUGCUGGCAAACAGAAACCAUGUUUUCAUGCAAAGGAAAACAGAUGUUAGUACGUACAGUGAAGGUUUGACAUGUUUUAGUAGCACAAGAACCACGAACCCUGCUCAUUGCACAGCGAUGGGCAGGUUCCAUGAUUCAUGUAAGAAACAAACCAAAGUUUGCAGUCGUGUGGUUUUUCUACAGCAGCAGAUCAGAUGUUUAAAACUGAGAGUGUCAGCUGUUUGUGUCUCUCUCUACUGAGAGACUGACUAAUUCUCAGUUUAUUGUUUAAGACAAUCCCGCUUAAUAUUACAAACUCUUCCUACAAAUUUCCACUGGAGAACUUUUACGGUCUCCUCUCUCUCAUCUCCGGUUGAAAAGGUCAUCCUGUCAAAGUGCUUGUUAGCGCUUUAGAGCUCCAAAGUCCAGAUUUACUGAAGUUGCAUUUGUAGGGAUGUCUGCUCAUUGUUUUCAUCUUAUUGACCACCAUUUACUGCGGGUGAAGUCCUUAAAUCUCUAAAAUGUCAGUAUUUAGAAAAUAAGAAGGUCCAGUGUGUAGGAUUCAGUAGCGUCUAGCAGUGAGGUUUCAGAUUGCAACCAGCCACUCGCCUGCUACGGUGGCUGUGAAACUUCCAAAAAAGCAAAAUGCUCUAUCUGGAGCCAGUGUUGAUUUGUGUGUCCAGGGCUACUGUAGGAAUAUGGUGGUACAUUUCAGACUCUUCAGAAGAGGACCAGCUCCCUCUGUAGAUAAAAACGGCUAAUUCUAAGAUAAUGAAAACACCAUUCUUCUUCUUUUCUUCUUAUUUUCAGGUGAUUUUACACUAAUAAAAACAUACCUGUCCCAAAAAGAAUUUUCCCCCAUAGACUACCAUUAUAAACGAGAUGUCUAUAAACCUCUUGACAGGACACCUCGAAGGCCUAUAAAGGUCUAUAAUACAUUUUAAAAACAUUGAUUUUAUAUUUGCUAAAUGUUCCACGAGCUGAGAAAACUAUUUAAAAAUCUGUGACUUCAUCAAGGCUAUGGGCGGAGCAGGAACUCGUACACAGGACCAGCGGGAAAAUUACUACUGUGCACAUUCAGUGUGCCACGUACCCCGGAAGUAUACCCGGAAACUAGACGCUUUCUGGAUGCAUGUGCUAGGCAAGCAUUCUCAUUGGACUGAAUAGGCGCCAUCUCUGAAUCUGGCAUCAGUUUUAAAUAAUACAUCCACGGUAGCUUCCAGGUAGCAAGCCAGCUAGCUAAGCGGCCCACUUUGGAUGCUUAGUGCCAGCUAGCUAGCGUGUUACCGGGUUAGCUUGUCAACUAGCCCCACAAGUACUUCAUACGUCCCCCAGCUUCCAUUUUGCGAGGACAUGUAUAGAAUUUUAUGGUGCCACUUUCUGGCCUGGCCGUGCACUACGACGCAUUCAGUUGGUAAGCUAGAAAUCAAACUUCAUCAACAUAUCUCCAGCAGUAAUCUGGAGCCAUUCAUUCUUUAUAACCUGUACCAUGUAUAAAUACAUCUCAAACAUCAGUCCACUCAUUGCCUUGCCUCAUCUACACAUACAGUAUCUGGGUUUUACAGUGACAAGUAAAAACACUGUAUUUAUAAAAUGUCAGGGUUUCUGAAUUAUCAACAUGAAUUCAAAAACUUUUCUAAAUCCAAAGAAUAUUGGAAAACUUCCAACUGAAGCAAAAACAUGACAUUUACCAAAGCAGUGACACAAACUUUGAUAGCACUUUUGGCUGUGCAGACCACCAGAGAAUCUGAGCUGAGCACUUACAGUGAGACGACUUAAAGCAGCGUUAAUAAAAGGACACCCUGCUGUGGACUGAUUUUCAUUUUUUCACCAGCUUUACUCACCUCACCUCGUGCACUGUACAUUCAUUACCGUUCCUUUGUAAAUCCAUCAGAUGUUGGUGUAUUUCUGUUAAUGUUUUUUAGUUUAAAGAUGUGGGGAGACGUGAAACCAAACUCAUAUUGUUGAUCUGUUGAUCUGUAAAUGUUGUUUUUGGACUUGGGAGCCCUUUUGGAAACCGGUUGUGGGUGUUUUUUCUGUUCUAGUUUGCUUUUAGUUUGGAUGAUUUUAUUAUUCACAGGGAUGAGAUGCUUUUAAGGAAAAAAAAUCUACACAUAUAUGUUGUUUACUGACUUUUAUAAACACGUGUGCAUGACUGCAUGCACACAACCGCCUCCCCCACCACCGUUGUUCCCUGUUAAACAUAAGCUGGGUAAAGUGCCUGCGUUGUUGUUUCUAAAGAGUUGAUGAAAAAUGACAAGCUGUUUUGACCCUUUUUAGUGUACUUGAUUCUAAGACCAUGUGCUCUGUUUAUUAAAAGACAUUUGAAAAUAG